AUGGCCGAAGUUCAGAAGGAUGCGCCGAUCAAGUCGGUCCAGGUCGAGGCCCUUGUGGUCAUGAAGAUCGUGAAGCACUGCUCGACUAGCUUCCCUACCGUCGCUACCGGCUCCAUCGUUGGCAUGGACAACAACAGUGUCAUCGAGGUCACCAACACCUUCCAGUUCCCCUCCGUCGACGUCUCCAGCACCGACGACCGCAGCGAUGCCUCGUCCCUCGCCGCCGCCGCUCCCCGCGCCAAGGCCAACAUUGUCUACCAGAACGAGAUGAUCCGUCACCUCAAGGAGGUCAACGUCGACGCCAACAAUGUCGGCUGGUACACCAGCGCCACCAUGGGCAACUUCAUCAACAUGAGCUUCAUCGAGAACCAGUACCACUACCAGAAGGACAACGAGAAGACCGUCGCCCUCGUCCACGAUGUGAGCAGGAGCUCCCAGGGCGCCCUCAGCCUUCGCGCCUUCAAGCUCUCCCCCGAGUUCAUGACUGCCUACAAGGAGGCCAAGUUCAGCACCGAGAGCCUUCGUGCCUCCAAGCUUACCUACAAGGACAUCUUCGUCGAGCUCCCCGUCAACGUUCACAACUCCCACCUCCUUACCUCCUUCCUCCACCAAAUACCCGCUCCCAAGAGCGCCGAGAUCCCCAUGCCCGCCUCUCUCGACGACAUCCGCCGCGAUCCCGUCCAGAUCCCCGCCCACCCCGGCUUCGAGUCUCUCGACCUCUCCAUCGACCCCUUCCUCGAGAAGACCUGCGACCUGCUCCUCGACAGCAUUGAGUCGCACUACACCGACCUCAACAACCACCAGUACUACCAGAGACAGCUCACCCGUGAGCAGUUCAAGAUCACCCAGUGGCAGGCCAAGCGCAAGGCUGAGAACGCGGCGCGGUUGGCGGCUAAGCAGGCGCCCCUUCCCGAGGACGAGUGGCAGAGGCUGUUCAAGCUUCCCCAGGAGCCCAGCAGACUCGAGGGCAUGCUCAACGCCCGCCAGGUCGACCAGUACGCCAGGCAAGUGGAUGCCUUCACGGCCAACAUCACGGCCAAGAUGUUCGCCGUCCGGGGCAACCUUCUCCCCGAGUAA